CCCCACCUCCCUACUUUAUUCUCCUCAGGUGGUAUUGCUGGUGGCAUUGAGAUAUGCAUUACAUUCCCUACGGAGUAUGUCAAGACUCAGCUACAGCUGGAUGAGAAAGCUAACCCGCCCCGGUACAAAGGCAUCGCGGACUGCGUGAAGCAAACUGUCCAGGGCCAUGGCGUGAAGGGGCUUUAUCGAGGCCUCAGCUCAUUGGUGUAUGGCUCCAUCCCAAAGGCAGCUGUAAGGUUCGGCAUGUUCGAGUUCCUCAGCAACCACAUGAGAGAUGAGAAGGGCAACCUGAACAGCACGCGCGGCCUGCUGUGCGGCUUGGGAGCCGGGGUGGCCGAGGCAGUGGUGGUGGUGUGUCCCAUGGAGACCGUAAAGGUGAAGUUUAUCCACGACCAGUGCUCCCCUAAACCUAAGUACCGAGGCUUCUUCCAUGGUGUGCGUGAGAUCAUCCGCGAGCAGGGUCUGAAGGGAACCUACCAGGGUUUAACUGCUACUGUCCUCAAACAAGGAUCGAACCAGGCCAUUCGCUUCUUCGUCAUGACGGCGCUCAGGAACUGGUACAAAGGGGAUGAUCCCAACAAGGUGAUGAAUCCCAUCGUCACUGGGAUGUUUGGCGCCUUUGCCGGAGCUGCAAGUGUCUUUGGCAACACCCCCCUGGAUGUGGUAAAAACCAGAAUGCAGGGACUUGAAGCGCACAAGUAUAAGAGUACCUGGGACUGCGCCUACCAGAUCAUGAAAUACGAGGGGCCCAUUGCUUGGAGAGGAACUCGCCUCGGCCGCGUCUGUCUGGAUGUGGCCAUCGUCUUUGUCAUCUACGAUGAAGUGGUCAAGGUCCUCAACAAAGUGUGGAAAACCGACUGAGCCUGCAUCCCACCUAGGGCAGCGGCACCGCCUCUUCCACCACUACGAGGCAAUGUCUGGAUAAAGAUGACCAGCCUGGGAGGAAUCCUACGGACAUUUCACCAUGAGCGGUGCCAAGGUUCAAGUCCCCUUGUUGUGCUUGGCCAGUCAGCCUCAUAUCAAACACUGACCACCUUUUAUUUAUAGGAUUGAACUGUGGAGCAGUUUAAAUUAUUGAUCAUGUGCUAAAAUUAUGGUGGGGGGAGGGGAAUCUAUCUGCAAAAUUCCCAAAGGCCAGCUCCAGUAGCCUGAGGGUAUAGAGAGGGGCAUGGUUCUUCAGCCAGAUUAGAAUUCCAUCCAAAAUUCUUUUUGCCUUUUGAGAAUCAAGCUAGUAAAGAUUUCCACUUAGCUCACUGCCUUCUCCUGCCUCUCCCAGCAGGAGGUCCUGGAGCGCUGGCUGCAGGGGAGUGAUUGUAGUGGUUUGAUGUCCCUGCCUAUGGGGCGCUCACUGCUACUGCAGUCCCAUCCUCUACUGGUAGGAGGUGCUCUAGGGAAGGUGAGAGAGCCCUGGCUUUGGAGGGAGCCCCAGGUACCCCUAGCAGAGCUCCCAAGUGCCUCGGUUGCAGCAUUUUCCAGUGGGAGUUACUAGGGCCAGUGAGUGUUGAUUGUGAAGUGACCCUGUGAGACAUGCUUGUUGUUUAGCCUCUGGUUUAAGCCAGAAAGCUGAGUGGAAGCCCCUUGGGAGAGGUGGUAGUGUGAUCCAGACCCCUGGCUCCAAAUACAUGCUUUCCUAUGGGAGCUUUGUCCACCCAGCUGCCUCCACUGGAGGAGAGAGGAAAUCCACUCUGUACCACCUCUAGGAGCAGAGGGGCUUUGCUGUGGAAUCCACCAGGAACACAGGUCCUGUCCUUGACCAACCCAGCCAUUCACACAGGCUCCUGGAGCUGGUGCUGCAGGUGUGACAGAGACCCCAAGUGGUGAUGCCUCCAUAUUCCUCCUCCUCCUCCUCACUAUGUGAAGUCAUUCCCCAGCAAGUGAAAUUCCAGCCUGAAACAACCAGGUUACUUCUCUGUCUGCCACUUGGCCUUCUCUGAUUAAACUGCAGCCUUCCACAUUCCCUUUCCUGCUGUGCAUCUUCCCCUCCACCCUGACUCUCCUCCACUUGAUAUUCCAAUACUUAGACCCAGACAAGUACCUAGCUAGACUAAAUGAACAACCUGCAGAGUUGUUAACACUUGUACUGUAUCCUCAGGGCACAGUUGACCCUGCCUUGCCCAGUGCCAAGAGCUCAUAAUGGUUCCAAUGCAGACUUGUGCCAAAAUCAUGUGUCUGUCUACCAUAGAUAUGCAGGGGUGUGUGUGUGUGUGUGUGUGUGUGUGUGUGUGUGUGUACGUACUAUCUGACAAAUGCAGCCUUAGUUCUUUGUUACGUGCAGGUGAAGAAGAAAAGCACGGGAAAGUGUCACUUUCCUACUCUUGUAAACCAUUGGGUUUUUUGCAUUUUACAUUUGCAACUUGAAUAAAAUAAGAGCCUUGCUUUGGAACACACUGCAGAAUUGAACCAGAAUCUGUAAAGCCUGUGAUCAUCUUGCAUUGUGUAUGUGUGUGCGCACAUACACCCUGUGUGUAUGUGUAAUAGUGCAUUUACAGUAAUAUUAUCCAGUAGUGGUCCCUGACCCACCAUUAUUUCUCUGUAGUAUCCAUAGCCCCUAUUGUGCUAUGGGGUAGCCUUUGGAAAGCAAAUUGCUGUCCCAAGAACUGCUGUUCAGAGUCUGAGGGCUGGCUGGCUUGUGAGGCAGCGCCCUGGAGUUCGUGGUUACCAUGCUGGCAGCCAGGGCAGAUGCUUUGUUUUCAUUUCUGCUAAUAAUGCAGAGUCCAGGAGUAUCUUUCCAAGCUGACUUGGUCGCUCAUGUUAAUGUUGUGCUCACUGCUGGAUGCUGGAGUGACUCUUGCCAACUUGAAGGCCAAAUCGGGGCUCUCAGUGAGAACCUCAACAAUAAACCAAAGUUGCCUGUUAACAAAGUUGCCGUUGCUCUGUGUGGGUCAAAGCCAGACGUGAGUCUAUUACAAUUUAAGCCUUUUGCUCAUUUCCCUUGGCCCUCAAGAGCCUCCCUGUAUUCUGGAUGAGCAAAAGGUUCCAGGAGAGGGCCCUAGGUCCCGGAUCAAAUGUCCUAAGUCCCAGACGGAUUUCAUCAAUGCAGCUAGCUACACUGCAGCCACACGGGCAUGGUGCUAUGGUCUGUUACACUGGCUGCAGAUCCUCUGACAUGUCAGCCCGUGGGCACUGUGCUCUGGGUUAUUCAAAUUCUAGGGCGCUUGCUAUGAAAUUGCACUGGUAGCUAAGUUCCAAAUAGGCCAGGAGCUCCCACAUUUUAUGUUUUUUUCCAUCCAGUUCAGUCCAUUGCUUCAGCACUGAGCUGAUAAGGGAAUGAGAUUUGAUGUCCCGUCUGGUUCCCGACAGGUCUCAGAUGCUCCCGUAGCACAUUAAGAAUGAAGUUCCAAGUGACUGAAAAGGUCUGUUUCUGGGGCUCCUCUAUAGAGAUGAUCAAGGCAAGUGAGUAGAGCCCCUGCCUUUCGUGCUGCUGGGGAGGGGAUCUGAAAGCCAGGUGGGGUUCUUCAUCCCUGCUUACUGCAAUGAUGAGAGCAAAGAAGGUGCCCUAAGUUCCCUGCAGUGCAAAUCGGGAUGGAAGUGAUGGGAGCUGAGAGAGCAGAAGAGAAGUACAUUUGAGAGAGGCUCUUCCUACUGGAGACUAGUUAGUCGUCAUGUCCAGGACCAAUGACUUGUUUCCUGUGUUGCUUCUCAUUCGUCUUCUUCUGGCCCCAGAGGAGCUGUUCCCUCCCAAAGCUGCCUUGGGGCUAGAAGGAGACCCCACCAAACAGAUUCCUAGUGCAGGACCGAGAACUGCUGCCCUGGGGCACCCCUGGAGGGGUGGGAGUCACUGUUCCCUUCAGUCACUUGUGGUAGGUCAGACUCUGCUUGGAGUGGGAUUCUGUGGGUGCAAGCCAUCUCCUGACACCUAUCCUUUGGAGGAUGCCAAAGCCAGGAGAAAGCUGGAGCGUGUGCAUUGUGUUGUCUCUUUGCCCCUGUCUUGGCAGAGUCUGCAUGCUCUGCCGUCUGCAAAGCUGUGUCUUCUAUUCAUGUUGUCAGCCCCUGCUGCUUUCUCAGGUUUUACUGCAAUCAGAGAUUACAUAAUAAACAGAAACCUGCCACAA